ACUGUACCAACAGCAGUGGUUUUUCCACAUCAAUACUUUUAUCCAAGUAACCUCACACGACAAUGGAAAGUCUACCUGGUGAAGACUGCCAUGGUAAACAUGGAGGUAGAAGAUAAUCGAACCGACAAUGGUGGAACCGGCGGAGAUAAGGGCUAACAUCAUGGAGGCGAUGUGGGAAUGGUAGGAGCAGAGGAGGUUGCAGGAACACCUGGCCUGCCAAGACCGCGGAUGGGAGAGGAAGAGGAGGAUGCAAACAAGAAUAGAUCGCCACCGCCAGCUCACACCAACUAUUGGCCGGAGGAAGAGCCGAUACGGAAGAUGUUGGCUAAUUGUUACAAGGUAGGCAUACUCCCCUCAGGAUGGGACAUCGGUGAACUUAAGGAAGAAGGAACCAAAGCGCACUUCACCCUCAAGCCUUCUUUGGAUGAGAUAAAAGUUAAGUGGUUGAAGGAGCGAACGGUUACCAUCAUUUUCCAAGAGGGAUCCAAGAAUUUGCCGAAGAAAAUCAAGGAGGACGUGAUACGGGCAUUCGAGGACAUUUGGCUGGGCGAGCACCGGUUCGAUCCUUCUAUAUCCAGGGGUAGGGUCCGCAUCGAGUCCAGCAACGUACUGUCGUAUGUUGCUAAGGAUAAGAAUGUGGCGGAAUGGAUGCUGGAAGAAAUGUCGAUGAGAGUAGCAUUGAAGCGAAGAUGGUACAAUAUUGCUUUUAAACCUUGGAUGACCAAAGUCGAGAUCCAAGAAGCUAGGCGGGAGGAGGCGAAUGACUAUUUUUGGAUUCGGGUCAUUGACGUCCCGAUUCACGCCUAUUGUUACUUGGAGUCAGCCGCAGAAAUGUCGAUCGGAGCAAUCCGAAAGGUCUAUCCCUCGAAGAAGGAAGCGCGAACACCGCAGUUAAUUAACGUUCAUAUGAAUAUUGCCAUCGAAUGUUUACCAAGACUGAAGGAGACCUUAUCGUUCACAACAUUUCAAGGGCAGGAGAUAGAGUUCCAGGUGACGAAUGCGCUGACGCCUUGGUGUAGCAAAUGUCAAAAAUACUUUCACUUGGCGGAUGUAGCAAAUGUCGAAAAUACUUUCACUCAGCGGAUCAGUGCACGCGUACCGGACGUAGAAGACCACCAAGUCCUACUCGAAGCUCAAGCAGUGAAAGCAACAGUACCAGAAGCCGUGCCUCCAACCAUCCAACUCCAAGUGAAGGCCGCGCACAGUCAUCCCAAGGGGGUUCGUCCCAUCAUGGCUCGACUCAUCAUGACUCCUCCCAGGGGGACGAACGACGCGUCCCGACUACCACCUCAAAUAGACAAGGGAGUAAGUCGGCAUCCGACAAGGGGAAGUUGGGACCUCCAGGAUCAACACCCCACGGAGCUCAACCACAAGACACUCAUCAACCAGGCACUGAGGAUCCCCACCAAGAGAAAAUCCAACAUAUAUGUCGGGCCCAGUGGCGGGUAUGGCGACCAGAGGGGUGAUGGGUCAAGGCCACGUGAGCCAAAGGAUGCAGGCAACUGUUGAAGAAAGUCAACCCACGCAGGUCGGAGGUCAAAAGAAGUCAGCGGCGGGAAAUUCUAGCGGUAUCAACAGCGGUCGGACGCCCGGAAGCAAAGCCAAGAAUAAGGCGCCGGAAGGGGCAGGGCCCUCCUUAAACAGCGGAGCGAAUGCAAGGGGGGAACUUACCCCCACGAAGCUUCGGAGGCGGUUAAGCGAGGACAUGGAGGAACUGAGAAUCAGGGAAGAAGAGAUUGGCGGAGAACCAUCAACUGCGUCGGUAGAAGCAACAGGCGGCCUCUCGAAGAACAAUCAAGAAGGCGCCAUGAA